GCUGCCUUGGGGGAAGAUGCCUCACAAUGAUAGAGGAGAUGGGGUGGCCCCUCUGUUAGAUACGUAGGGAGAUUUGCUGUUCUUCUGGAAUAUUCUUUCCCAAAGCUCCUCCCACGCUAUUACUUACAAAGCUAGACCCUGAGGCUAAAUGCAACCCCCAGGAUGUCUGGCCUGUUGCUGCUAAUUCCUGUCAAGGUCUCCUGACAUGCUUAUACAGAGUGUUUAGAAGACGCAGCAGCGGGGCUCCCAGAUGAACAACCGAAAGGAAGAGAUGGAAAUCACGUCUCACUACCGGCACCUGCUUCGAGAGCUCAACGAGCAGAGGCAGCAUGGAGUCCUGUGUGAUGUGUGCGUUGUGGUGGAGGGCAAGGUCUUCAAGGCACACAAGAACGUCUUGCUUGGAAGCAGCCGCUACUUCAAGACACUCUACUGCCAGGUACAGAAGACAUCUGACCAGGCCACUGUCACUCACUUGGACAUUGUUACAGCCCAGGGCUUCAAGGCCAUCAUUGACUUCAUGUAUUCCGCCCACCUGGCUCUCACCAGCAGGAAUGUCAUCGAGGUGAUGUCAGCUGCCAGCUUCCUACAGAUGACUGACAUUGUGCAGGCCUGCCAUGAUUUCAUCAAGGCCGCACUGGACAUCAGCAUCAAGUCAGAUGCCUCAGAUGAACUCUCAGAAUUUGAGGUUGGCACCCCAGCCAGCAACAGCACAGAGGCAUUGAUCUCAGCGGUGAUGGCUGGAAGGAGCAUCUCUCCGUGGCUGGCACGGAGAACAAGUCCUGCCAAUUCUUCUGGAGACUCUGCCAUCGCCAGCUGUCACGAAGGAGGAAGCAGCUAUGGGAAGGAGGACCAGGAACCCAAAGCUGAUGGCCCCGAUGACAUUUCUUCGCAGUCUUUGUGGCCUGGAGACGUAGGCUACGGGUCUCUGCGCAUCAAGGAAGAACAGAUCUCGCCAUCACAUUAUGGAGGGAGUGAGCUUCCGCCUUCCAAGGACACUGCAUUACAGAACUCCUUAUCCGAGCAGGGUGCUGGAGAUGGCUGGCAGCCCUCAGGCCGGAGGAAGAAUCGGAAAAACAAAGAGACUGUCCGACACAUCACGCAGCAGGUGGAGGAAGACAGCCAGGCUGGCUCUCCAGUACCCUCAUUUCUGCCCACAUCAGGAUGGCCUUUCAGCAGCCGAGACUCAAAUGUGGACCUGACCGGCACGGAGGCCAGCAGCUCGGACAGCCGAGGAGAGAGAGCAGAGCUCUAUGCCCACAUCGAAGAGGGCCUCCUGGGAGGAGAGACCAGCUACUUGGGCCCGCCCCUCACCCCAGAGAAGGAGGAAGCACUGCACCAGGCCACUGCGGUGGCCAACCUCCGCGCGGCGCUCAUGAGUAAGAACAGCCUGCUGUCACUCAAGGCUGACGUGCUCGGUGACGACGGCCCGCUUCUGUUCGAGUACCUGCCCAAAGGUGCCCACUCACUGUCCCUGAACGAGUUCACAGUGAUCAGGAAGAAGUUUAAGUGCCCCUACUGCAGCUUCUCAGCCAUGCACCAGUGCAUCCUGAAGCGACACAUGCGCUCACACACUGGAGAGCGGCCCUACCCUUGUGAGAUCUGUGGCAAGAAGUUCACUAGGCGGGAGCACAUGAAGCGGCAUACCUUGGUCCACAGCAAGGACAAGAAGUAUGUGUGCAAGGUGUGUAGCCGUGUGUUCAUGUCUGCAGCCAGUGUGGGCAUUAAGCACGGCUCUCGUCGCCAUGGUGUGUGUGCAGACUGUGCUGGCCGGGGUGUGGCCACACCACUGGACCAUGGUGGAGGUGGUGAAGGCUCCCCUGAGGCACUGUUUGCUGGUGAAGCGCCAUACCUGGAGGACCCAGAUGAUCCACAAGGGGAAGGCGAGGAGGAGCUGGGCGAGGAUGAGGAGGAGGAUGUGGCCAAAUGGAAGGACGAUGUGGGUCUGGCACAUGAGGAUGCACUGCUGGAGGAUGAUAAGGAUGAUGAGGACUCUCCGCAGGGGCCCCACAGUCCCUCUGGGGAGCCUGAUAAAGACUUUGCCUGGAUCUCCUAGGGGCUCUGCUCUAGUGGACAGGGUGUGUAGUGGCUGAAUCACUUUGUCCACCUGUGUGUGCGUCUUAGUGGGUCUUACCCAGGAGUAGGACCACACUGACUUCUUGAAGUUCUUCCUCCAGGUCCUCCUCUGUCCUAUCCCCCUCCCCCUUGCAGAAACUGGUUCUAUGAUCUAAGAAUUGGGUAUAACUCCAGUGACUGGGAGCUCUAGGUCUGAACACAAAGUGAGGGGUGCGGUGUGGGUUUAGGAAGAGGGAGAAGGAUGCUCCCAGCUGUCCAGGUGUUACUGGAGCCCCAGCAGGCAUGUGUAGAUGUACGGGCAGGGCUGUGCCAAGGCCUGGGCAUGCUUCCUCAGGGUAUCAAAGGAGCCCUUUGCUGCGAACCUGACUAGGAAUGCAAGAUGAGUCAGUGCACAGGUCAGGGUCAGCACUGCUUAGGGUCAUGAGGGCACUCCCCCAGACUGCAAGUCUGAGUAGGUGUUGAGUUUUGCAUAAACACAAAUGGCUCCAUCCACAGCAUUGCUCAAUCUCCAUCUGUCCUCUCCUGCUCAACUCCCAGCAGUCACGUUUUGGGCUAUGGCCCUGUGUUACUUUGUCCUCUUGGUUCCUGCUGCCCCAUGGUAGUGGUGGAACCUAGUGAGCAAGAAGUCCCGCAACUCUCUUACCUCCAGGCUUUGGUGCUUAACACAAAAUGGCUACAGAAGCCUCUCUGGAAGCCCUGGGCUCCAGGUGCUAUCUCUGUGGGAAGCAGCAACGGGCAGGCCAAGGAGGGACGGCUGUCUGUUCAAGAGGGGACCUGUGGCUGGAUGCUUUCCACUUGAGGCCCACAGGGUCGAGUUGCAGGGGCCACAGCUCUUUGUUCUGUGUGCACUUUCCUGGAGCGCCCCAUUGUGCACCCUGAGUUCUGCCUGCUCUUUUGCUGACCCCUCCUUGGACCAGAUGGAGCUCAGCUCCUGCCUUUGUUGCUGCUAACACUGGAGGUGGGUGUUCCUAGCUGCAGUGUGCUGCUAUGCCUCCCUGCCUAGGAACCAAAUUUUAAAGAAGUCAGAGACAUUUUAAGGUGGUUACUACAGAUUACUUGUUUUGAAUUGUUUUUCUCACUUGACAGGACUCUAUAGGAGUGGUUUCCUUUAACUCUUCAUCAAGUCCUCUGCUGUAUUUCUAAAGGCUCUCCAACUUUAUUCUGUGAAAAGUGUAGGCUUCACAGCUUUGAGGCUCAGAGAGACACUUACCUGCAGGGUAGACACAGAUACUACAGCCUGUCCUCUUCUUGAGGCCAUUUCUGACAAAACUAUCAAGACAUUCCAUCCUUCACCCACCUCACCUCCCAAAGGCCCCCACUCACUGCAGUGGUGUUCAGUGAGCAUUCUGAUGGGCUACCCCCACCCUGUGCAGGGGCUCAUCAGGCUAAUGAGCAUUAGGGCCAAUUAGAGAAUUUUGGUUUUCCUUUCUCAAACACUAAGUCAAAUGGCUCUUAGUUUUUUUUGUGUUUUUUUUUUUUUAAACUGGCACAUCUAUUCUCUCUAGGUCAGUAAGGAGAAGCCUCAUAUAAAACUGUAAUUCAUGUCCCAGUGGUUCAGAGCAUCUGCUAACCUGGUGACAUUCCCCAAGUACCAGCUGCCUAAGCUACAGAAGAGUGCUGGACUGGGUGUGGGUUCCUUCCUAUAGAAGGAAGGAAUCAUAGCUUUUAUUGUUUUAAACAAAACAAUAGUCAAAAGCAACAGGACCCGGACUCUCUUAUACACAGCAUGUAGGGACAGUUGCCUGGGAAGCUAUGUGCCCCUCCACUCACUGCCCAGUUGCGCUGAGACAUGCUGGUUCUGAGUACUUUUCCACCCAGUAUGGCAGCAUAGCUAGACCCCUUUUACCAACAAAACCAGGUUGAGACUGUCUAGCCUUGUCAGGCCCCACUGAGGGCUCUCAGACUUAGUACCUUUCUCCCUCUUUUAAAAUGCCUUUUCUACGUUUCUUAUAAAAUGCAUUUGGAAACCAGACCUUUGCUACCACUGUCUCUGGGUUUUUGUAUCAGUCCCUACUUCUCAGGCUGUCCUGCCCAGGACCCAGGACCCCUGGCCCACCUCCCAAGGCACCUGUGCCUCCACUCUCAGGAUGUCUUGCUCUGACUGGCUCCCCUUCCAGACCGCCUUUGCUGGCCUUUCUGGGGUUUCCUGUCGGUGCCACAGAGCACUUCCUUAAAACUAGUACUGUACCAGAACACUGAGGGUCCCAGUUCUGGUCCCACCACCUUCCAAGCGUUUGCCAUGUGGCAGGCUUUGUUCUGGCUCAGUUUCUAAUUGGAAAGUGGAAUUCUAGAGAUCCAGAUGAACACAUCCAUCUCAGGAGGCAUGGAGGGAAAAGACGUAUGUAUUGAAGUUUUUUUUUUUUUCUUUUAGUGUGACUUUUUUUUAAAUCAAUGUUCAAAUUAAUAAAUAUUUUUUUAUGAAGAAGAAAAAUGUGUAGAUUACAUUUCACAUUUUGUAUUUUUUUGUGUGUGUAUGUCUGUAUUCUGGUGUUUUCAACACCAAAGUGGAAACUAUAGUCCAUGGGGUGGGUGUUGUUGAGGUUGAGGUGGGGAAGCGAUAGACUUUGUAUGGGUCUCUGGAUCCUGAUCAGUCUGUAUAUUUGGACUCUGAGUUUUGGGGAACAGGACACUGCUAAGAUAGUGCUGUGACUCAAAAGACACAGUUAUGCUUCCAAUUUUGCACAUCUUCCUUUAAAAACAAGCAACAAAACAAAACCUGAGAAAAUGCAAAACUGGAACUUUUUGCAAUAUUCUGAAGGAUAAUCUUACUUUGGCUCAUUCUAUGACAUGUUCAACUCCUGAGAAAGCCAUACUUAAUGGUGGUGUUAUUUUUUAGAUCCUAUUGUGUUUUCUAUGUGGCUCUUUUAGAAUCACUUGUAGUGAGGGUGCUGUGUGUGUGUGCUUUUCUUAAAUAUUUAUUUUUUUCAACAUGCUUUCAAUCUGUCAACAAAAAGGAAAAAAAGGCAGUGUUUGAAGAUUGUUAAUUUUUUUCUGGGGAUAAUCUAUAUUAUAUUGACUUUAUAUUAAUUAUUAUAAAGCUGUGUUUGUAUUGAAGAUGUGUUCAAUAUUUGUGGGAGGUUUGUCAUAAUCAUUUGGUGGGGUUCACUGCUCUGUUGUCCUGCUUCUCGAUAGCCACAGACAGGUAAAGAUCACCUUCUCUAUAGUGGUUCUUGCGAUUUCUUGUCUGCCUAGAUGUGCUCCAGGUUGCCUGUGGGUUUCCUCUCUGUGACGGGAUUAGUGUAGACAUUCUUGCAAAACGAUCACUUUAAAUAAAAUGGGAAAUUGCUGCUCCAUGCA